CUCCUUCCCACUUCUGUGAUGCUAUCUCGACUUCUCACUCGCGGGGCCCCUCUCCGAGCUACUACAGCCAGCCUCGGUCGCCUCUAUACCACAACUCGACUACUUCACACCACCGCUCCUCGAUUCGCUGCCAAGGUAUCCCCGGCAGAGGUCACUUCCAUCCUCGAGGAGCGUAUCGCUGGUUUCAAGGACCACAAGGACGUGGACGAGGUCGGCCUGGUCCUGUCAGUCGCUGAUGGCAUUGCUCGUAUCUACGGCCUUAACAACGUCCAAGCUGGUGAAAUGGUUGAGUUCUCCUGCGGUUUGAAAGGCAUGGCUUUGAACUUGGAAACCGACAAUGUUGGUGUUGUGGUAUUCGGUGAGGAUCGCAACAUCCUCGAGGGUGACAGCGUUAAGCGCACUAAGGCUAUUGUGGACGUCCCUGUCGGCAAGGAGCUCCUUGGCAGAGUUGUCGACGGUCUCGGUAACCCCAUCGAUGAUAUGGGCCCUAUCAAUGCCAAACUCCGCAGUCGUGUCGAAGUGAAGGCCCCUGGUAUCAUCCCACGCCAAUCUGUGAGUGAGCCUAUGAGCACUGGUCUCAAGGCUGUGGACUCCCUAAUUCCAAUUGGCCGUGGGCAGCGUGAGCUUAUCAUUGGUGAUCGCCAAACCGGGAAGACUGCCAUCGCUGUUGAUACCAUCCUGAACCAGAAACAAGUGAAUGAGAACCCCGACCCUACCAAACAUCUGUACUGCGUGUAUGUCGCUAUCGGGCAGAAGCGCUCGACUGUGGCGCAAAUCGUCGAAAUCCUGAGGAAAUUCGGUUGUAUGUCCUACUCGACGGUCGUCGCUGCUACCGCCUCUGACCCCGCGCCUUUGCAGUAUCUGGCGCCUUACUCUGGCUGCGCUAUGGGAGAGUACUUCCGUGAUAACGGAAUGCAUUCCGUGAUCGUUUAUGAUGAUCUUUCGAAGCAAGCAGUCGCCUAUAGGCAGAUGUCUUUGUUGUUGAGAAGACCUCCGGGACGAGAGGCCUACCCUGGUGAUGUUUUCUACCUUCACUCACGUCUCCUGGAGCGCGCUGCUAAGAUGAACGCCCGCACUAAGAAGGGCGGCAGCUUGACGGCCCUUCCCAUCAUCGAGACUCAGGCUGGUGAUGUGUCUGCGUUCAUCCCGACUAAUGUCAUCUCCAUCACUGACGGGCAGAUCUUCUUGGAAUCUGAGCUUUUCUACAAGGGUAUCCGUCCUGCCGUCAACGUCGGUUUGUCGGUGUCUCGAGUUGGCUCGGCUGCCCAGACUAAAGCGAUGAAACAGGUGGCUGGUACGUUGAAGUUGGAAUUGGCACAGUAUCGCGAGGUGGCGGCCUUUGCCCAGUUCGGUUCUGAUUUGGAUCAGGCUACGCAACAACAGCUGUUGAGAGGUGGUAUUCUUACUGAGCUCCUGAAACAGAAGCAGUACAGUCCGAUGGCUACCGAAGUUGAAGUCGUGACCAUCUACGCUGGCGUUCGCGGAUACCUCGAUAAGAUUGCUCAGAAGGAGAUCCCGAGGUUUGAGACUAUGUGGUUGGAGCACGUGUCACAAAACCAUCCGGACAUUUUGAAGGCGAUCAGGGCGGAGCACCUCAUUUCGGACACGACCGAGGAGAACCUCAAAAACGCUAUGGAGGAGUUCCUCACCAUCAACGAGUUCGAAGCCCGUGCUGCCCACUAAGGGAAUUUCGUGGCGCGUGACGGUGGAGAAGAGUACGAUGACGAUGUAUUCCUUUUUCUUCAGCAUUGUGACGACUAUUGUGUGGCCUGUCGUCUGAGACCCUU